CCCGCCAUUCAAACCCGCGCUACGAUUUGAAGCUUCACUUCUAUUCUCUCUCUCACUCGUACAUCCUUAACAUAAUAUUCUAUGUCUAUAUCUAAAUUGAAUGUUUAAAUUUCAGUGGCAAGUAGGCAGCAUUUCAUUUACGAGGGCAUUCUGAUUGGAUAAUCAACGAUCACACUCAGGUUGAUGAUUGUGUGUUUUUCUAUGAAGGGGAUCACUCAGAAAACUUCAGGACCAUGUUGAUUAAUGAUGAAGGAAAACUACAUGAGGGGACGUAAUUUAGAAGACGAUUUCAAAUCUGCCAACAAAUUGCCAAAAAUCAAUUGGUUGCAGCAUGCCAAUGCACACAAUAAUUUUUUGUGCCAGGACAAGUAUUUGAGUUCCAACUUCCUUUUUUCCUUGUCAACUCAAAAACCUCGAAUUGAUGAGACGAUGAGCAUGAGGUCUGGGGUUUUUCAAGUUCAGAAUGUAAGGUUGCACAAUGCUCAAGUUGAAAAGGCAUGGCAGCUUCUUUCUAGCCUUCAGCUAUCUUCGAAAAGCUACACUAAACCUGGACAAUCUGUUCCUUUAACUAACAAUGUUAGUUCGUUUUCUUUUCAAGACUCAAGACAAGCUACUCAACAAUGCUCGUCUGACUUGAAAAGAUUGUCCUCAGGACUUGUCCAAAUGCAUCAAAGUUUUAGCGGAGGUGAUGAGCAAAUUGGUGAUUCCAGCAGAUGUUUGAACACUUCUUUUUCAACCUGCAAUUCUGAGGUUGAGAAAGUUAGAAUGGUUACGAGCAGGCGGAAUGCUUCAUACUCAUUGGCAAGUGAUAAUUUUAAUGCACAAACUGGGAACGGAGUUACUAGCAAUUCUUCCAUGUGCACAAUUGCAAGGAACGGGUCCAACGCCCCUUAUACUGAUGUCAUUGAUGAUGAUGAUGACAUACUUGAGAAUAUCGACGUGGACCAAAUAGUUAUGGAUCAUUUUCAAUCAACUUCUACACCUCAACCAUCAACCUCCGAACUUCCAGAGGUUACUCCAAAUGUAAAUAAAGAAAAAUUUUCUGAACAUGAGGAAGCAAUUUUGCCUCCAGAGUUGUGCCUGAAUUGCAGUCACAAUUGUAAGCUAGGACUUUGUCCCGAAGCUUCAAAUCACCUAAAAGAUAUGAAGGAUAAGCUAAUAGCCAUAUCAAAUGAUAUCAUAGAUAAUUCUGAUAAUUUGAGUUCAGAUGAAUUUGAGAAGCUUCGUCAAGAAAGGCAGCAGUUGAAUAAACAAAUUCAACAUCUUGAGAAAUAUCUUCAUAGUACAUCAGUCAACGAGGAAAGGAAAAUGUCACAUUUUUCUUCAUCCACAGCAACUUCUAUGACUUUUCAGACCCCUCCAGCAGUGCCAUUUAGGAUUGACCCCACAAGGCUUGAUGACCGGUUUCAAGUAAACACUGAGUCGGGUAGCUUUGAUAGAUGGGGUUCAUCAUCCAUUCCAUCAUAUUCCACUGACAGGUUUGGGGUUUCAACUGCUCCACUUGAGAGAGAACCAUAUGUUCCUAAGUAUAUCGAGAUCAAUUAUAUCGAGGGUUCAAUAGACAAAAAGUGGAGUGGUCGGGAUUUUCCUUGGACAAAGAAGCUAGAGGCCAACAACAAAAAAGUGUUUGGAAAUCACUCCUUUCGCCCCAAUCAAAGAGAGGUGAUUAAUGCAACCAUGAGUGGAUAUGAUGUUUUUGUUUUAAUGCCAACAGGAGGAGGAAAAAGCCUGACUUACCAGCUCCCUGCUCUGAUAUGUCCUGGAAUAACUUUAGUGAUAUCACCUCUCGUCUCUCUUAUCCAAGAUCAGAUAAUGCAUUUAGUGCAGGCAAAUAUACCUGCUGCUUAUCUAAGUGCCAAUAUGGAGUGGACCGAGCAGCAAGAGAUUUUCAGAGAGCUUAGCUCAGACUACUGCAAAUACAAGCUGUUGUAUGUCACCCCAGAGAAAGUUGCUAAAAGCGAUGUUUUGCUGCGACACUUGGAAAGUCUACAUGCUCGGGAAUCUCUUGCUAGGAUUGUUAUUGAUGAAGCUCAUUGUGUUAGUCAAUGGGGGCAUGAUUUUAGACCUGAUUACAAGGGACUUGGUAUCUUGAAACAGAAAUUUCCAACUAUACCUGUUCUAGCAUUAACUGCUACUGCUACCAUUAGUGUCAAGGAAGAUGUUGUGCAGGCUCUCGGACUAGUAAAUUGCAUUGUUUUUCGGCAGAGUUUUAACCGUCCAAACUUACGAUAUUCUGUUGUUCCCAAGACAAAGAAGUGCGUGGAAGACAUUGACAAAUUUAUAAAAGACAACCAUUUUGAUGAAUGUGGCAUCAUCUAUUGUCUUUCAAGAAUGGAUUGUGAAAAAGUUGCUGAAAAGUUGCAGGAAUACGGACAUAAAGCAGCCUUUUACCAUGGUAGCAUGGAUUCUGCUCAGCGCACAACAAUCCAGAAACAGUGGAGCAAGGACGAGAUCAACAUAAUAUGUGCAACCAUUGCAUUUGGCAUGGGUAUCAAUAAGCCCGAUGUUCGGUUUGUCAUUCACCAUUCCCUUCCAAAGUCCAUUGAAGGCUACCAUCAGGAGUGUGGUCGUGCUGGUAGAGAUGGUCAACCUUCAUCUUGUGUAUUGUACUACAGUUACAGUGAUUAUAUUCGGGUGAAACAUAUGAUUAGUCAAGGUGUAGUCGAGCAAACUCCCUUUGCAUCUGGAUACUAUCGUGCAAGUACAUCAGCUUCAGGGAGUUUAUUGGAGACAAACACUGAGAAUGUCCUGCGAAUGGUCAGCUACUGUGAAAAUGACGUCGAUUGUCGACGUCUCCUACAGCUUCUUCAUUUUGGAGAAAAGUUCGAUUCGCUAAACUGCCAGAGCACAUGUGAUAAUUGCUCCAAGACACAAAACUGUAUUGAGAAAAAUGUCACUGAGCCUGCAAAGCAACUGGUUGAAUUGGUGAAGAUGACAGGACAACAGUUUUCAUCAUCACAUAUCUUGGAAGUCUACAAGGGUUCUUUAAGCCAAUUUGUUAAGAAACACCGACACAAUACCUUGAGCAUGCAUGGAGCUGGAAAACAUUUGGCCAAGGGCGAAGCGUCCCGUGUGCUACGUUACCUUGUCACUGAGGAUAUUCUUGUGGAAGAGGUGAAAAAAAGUGAUAUUUAUGGAUCAGUGUCAUCUGUUUUAAAGGUCAAUGAAUCCAAGGCGCACAAUCUUUUUGCUUGUGGCCAGAUAAUUAAAUUAAGAUUUCCGUCUUCCUUCAAAGCUGUUAAAGCUGGUCGAUCAGAAGCUACUCCAGCUAAAGGCUCACUGACGUCAGGAAAGCAAAUUCCCCUGCAGAUGGGUACUUCUAUGGGGCUUCAGUCAGAAAUUGAUUUGAAAUUAUCGGCAAAACUGUUUUCUUCACUGCGUAUGCUUAGAAAUAUUCUUAUUAAGGAGGCUGGAGAUGGCACGUGUGCACACCACAUUUUCGGAAAUGCUCAAUUACAGCAGAUCAGCACCAGAAUACCCAGAACUAUAGGUGAACUUCAAGAUAUUAGCGGCAUUGGCAAGGGAAGAAUAACCAAAUAUGGAGAUCGAGUGUUGGAAACCAUUGAAGCUACCAUAAGGGAAUACAACAAAGACAGAAAUAGCAGCAGCAGUAAUGAUAGUACAGAUUCUAAGAAGAGAAGACAGUCGACUGAUGUCCCGAAGGGGAAUUCAGAAAUUGACAAUGACUUCACUGAGAGCAAUACACGCUCCAAAAAAAGGUUUGUGAAAAAGCAGAACAAGGAUUCGGAGAGAGUCGACUAUACAGAACCUUCCUACAGUGAUUUAUAUGAGGAUAUUGAUUUCGAUGACGACCUCUUUGUCAAAGUUAAUGGCCCUGAUUUAAACGUAGGAUGCAAUGGUGGAAGAGUUCUACCUUCAUGGUCAGCCACUGGAAAUUAGGUUCAUGAUUAAGAGUUAUAUAGGUUCCAGGUGUGUCCUUUGGGGUAUGAUAUGUUAUUUGUGAACCUGCUUUAUGUUCCAUUAGAGGAUGAAAUUAUCCUAUUUUCAAUGUGUAGCCAAACAAGUUUGUAGUUCAGGCAAUGUCUAUGAAUUUUGUCAAGUGUAGUUUCUAUACUUAUUUGAGAUUCUAAAUGAUGAUAUUUUGUUAUUUUUUGAACGGAUAA